AGGGCAAAUAAGAUGGCGGCAACAGUCUUGAUCGAGGGGAGACCCUGCAGAAUGGAGGUGGACUUGGGAUCCAGCCUAUCAAUGGUAUCCUGGACAACAAUCAAGAAGCUCCUGCCACACAUCACAGCCCGCGACCUCAAACGACAGCACCUCACCCUCAUCGACUACCAAGGGAACCGAAUUCCUGUGGUAGGCAUUGGCAAGUUCAACGUAGCCUACAAGACAUUCAAAGCCACGCUACCCCUCACGAUUGUGGACAGAGACCGGCCCAGCCUGCUGGGCAUGGAGUGGUUCGAGCCAUUGGGGCUAGCCAUCACCGGCGUCGAUCACAUCGGAAACGACACCUGGGAGGAGGACCUGAUGAGGGAGUUCGCAGAGGUCUUUAACAACGAGCUAGGCAAGUACAAAGGGUCCCCAAUCUCAUUCAAUUUAGACCCCCAGGUAGCCCCAAUCCGAAUCAAACCCCGGAGAGUCCCUUUUGCGCUACGGCCAAAAAUAGACGAACAAUUAGAUAAACUGGUCGCGCAGGGAGUGUUAGAGCCAAUAGACCAUGUGAGAUGGGAAACCCCCAUCGUGACACCGAUUAAACCGGACGGGUCAGUACGCUUGUGCGGAGACUAUAAAAGUACAUUAAAUAAGGCGCUCCAACAAAGCGCAUACCCUGUACCAGUAGUCCAACACCUCUUGCAUUCCUUGGGGAGGGGAAGAAUCUUCGCAAAAUUGGAUUUAGCACAAGCAUACCAGCAGCUGCCCGUAGAUGAAGCCACCGCAGAAGCACAAACCAUCGUUACACACAGGGGUGCAUUCAAAUGUAAGAGACUGCAAUUUGGGGUGAGCGUAGCGCCCAGGCUUUUCCAAAGCCUGAUGGAACGACUCCUACAGGGAAUCGAGGGAGUCAUCCCAUAUUUCAACGAUGUAUUAAUAUCAGCAAGGGACACGACUCAAUUGAAGCAGCGGCUGAGGGAGGUGCUGACAAGGUUCCAGAAAGUGGGACUCAAAGUUAAAAGGGACAAGUGCCAACUAGCAGAGACUCAGGUCGAGUUCCUGGGAUACUUGAUAGAUGAGUCGGGAAUUAGACCCACCCCCAGGAAGCUGAGAGCGAUCAAGGAAGCACCCCCCCAAAAAAAUAAAACCGAACUGCAGGCAUUUUUGGGGUUGCUUAACUUUUAUAAUAUCUUCCUACCGCAGAAAGCUACCACUGCUGAACCACUCCACCGGCUACUGGACAGGAAGGCAGAAUGGAAAUGGGGGGAGCGAGAGAGGAAAGCGUUUGAAGACAUAAAGAACCUUUUAACGUCAGACAGAGUUUUAGUGCAAUACAGCGGGACAUUACCCAUAAGACUAACUUGCGAUGCAUCCCCCUUCGGCAUCGGAGCUGUAUUGAGCCACAAGAUGCCUAAUGGAACAGAGGCCCCCAUUGCAUUUUUCUCCCGGACUUUGUCAAAACCCGAACGGAACUAUAGCCAAUUGGACAAAGAGGCGUUAGCCGCAGUAGCCGGAAUAAAAAGGUUCCAUGAGUAUCUCUACGGUCGGAGUUUUGAACUAAUAACUGACCACAAGCCAUUGUUAGGCAUCAUAGCAGGGGACAAACCAACACCCCCCGUUUUGUCGCCCAGAAUGCUAAGAUGGGUGGAGUUUCUGGCGGCCUACAACUACACACUGCUCCACCACCCGGGAAAAUCAAUCGACCAUGCAGACGCCCUCAGCAGGUGCCCACUUCCAGAAACGGGGGAGGAUCCAGCGCCAGCGAUGACCACCCUGCUAAUCGAGACGAUGGAGGAAGCCCGAAUUUCUGCAGCCGACAUCGCGAGGGCCACCUCAAAGGACAAAAUACUGGCGCGGAUUUUAAAUUGGAUCUGGAAGGGGUGGCCGGAGGAAAAAGACAUAAGCACAGAGUUCCUGCCAUACAAACGGAGGCAAAAUGAACUGUCAGGACUAAGGGGGUGCGUGUUGUGGGGGGAUAGAGUCAUUGUUCCAAACACACUAAGACAACAGACACUCAGAUUACUCCACGACGGGCACCCGGGGAUUGUGAGGAUGAAAGCCCUGGCCAGAAGCUACGUGUGGUGGCCCGGGAUGGACAAGGAAAUCGAGACGUGGGUGUCCUCCUGCGCAAACUGCCAAGAGUCGAGGGCGGCACCAAACUCAGCCCCCGUCCACGACUGGGAAAACCCGGGAACACCAUGGGCCAGAUUGCACAUCGACUUCGCAGGGCCGUGCAAAGGGAAUACGUUCCUAGUCAUCGUGGACGCAUAUUCAAAGUGGCUCGAAGUAGUGCUCAUGUCGACGACCACAGCAGACGCAGUGAUUAAAGUAUUGAGACGCCUAUUCGCCACACAUGGGAUUCCCGACCUCAUAGUCUCCGACAACGGGCCGCCGUUCACAUCAAACACCUUCGAGAUGUUCCUCGCUGACCAAGGAAUAAGGCACGCCUUAUCGGCCCCCAAAAAACCUUCGACGAACGGUUUGGCGGAACGGAUGGUGAGAUCUACAAAGGAGACGCUUAUGAGAUUAGGCCCAGGGGACAUUCAGGCCAAAUUAGAUAAACUAUUAGCCAUCCAGCACAUUACACCAAGCGCCACGACCCACCGAAGCCCAGCAGAAUUAUUAAUGGGCCGUAAACUGAGAUCCCCUCUGGACAGACUGCACCCGCAGUACAGCACAGAGAAGCCAACCGACUCCACGAGCAGAAUCCGAGAGUUCCAGCCAGGGGACAGAGUCUACGCAAAAAACCUGAGCGGAAACCCACUCUGGGUACCAGCAACAAUAACCCAGGUGACGGGGCCCCUGUCCUACCGGGUCCAGACAACAGACGGCCAGCACUGGAAAAGGCACAUCGACCAGCUCAGGGGAAGAUUAACGAGAGUCGAGAGGGAAACCCAGCACAACAACCAGGGGGAAGGAAAAGACACGCAAGCGGUACCAGAGCGGGCCAAUACACAAACACCAUUUCUGGACACGCCUAACACCAGCCCGGAAGAAGAUAACAGCGAGCACGUACCUGAGUCCACGGAGGAGGCGACAGGCGCCGAAAGGAGCCGGCGGGGACAGCCAAGUAAAGUGGGAGAAGGAGGCGAAUCCACGCCGGAGACUGAGUUCGAGAGAGUUCCAGAGCCCACACAGAGGGAGCAGCGGACCUCAACCUCUCAACCCGAAGACACCGGAACGACUGAACUGCGCAGGUCCGGUCGAACCUCCAAGCGACCCGCCUACUUACGCGACUACGUAGCAUAGAGACCCCGGACGGGCGGACACUGAACUAGGGGGGAGGAGUGUUAGAUAUCAAGUACAGUUCAAAUGAGCCAAUCAGGAAUUAGUCCUGAGAGCGGGAAAUUAGAAGGCACGUCAGUGGUUGCAGCCGGGGACAGCCCCUUCCUAUAUAAAGGGUUGCCCGGGGUUUGAAUUGCCAUUGCUGUUUCUGGAGUUAAAUAAAAGAGUUACAGUUA